AUGCGGCCUCUCAAUGGGGCUUCCCCCGCCCUCGCGCUCUCCGUCGCAAUUGUUCUCCUACCCGCAGCCAUAGCGAAACCAUAUCCCGUCCAUAUUGGAGAUUACCGGCAGCUGCACAACGAGUCCCUGGUCGACAAAAGGCAGCAAGAUUGCGCCCUAUGGUGCGGAUGGAACGGUUUCUUAUGCUGUCCUUCUGGGACCAAAUGCGGCACCAACGCAAAAAACGAGGCCAUUUGCGACCCAAUAUCGGGAAACGGCGGCGAUAACAGCGGCAGCUGGCAGUUCUUCACCUCGACGUGGAUCGAGACGGGUACGGUGACGAGGACUUCCGUAUACAGCUCAUUUGUGGGAGCGCCGACGGCCAACAGCUGCGGAGGCGCUCGAGUGCCAUGUGGAGGAGGCUGCUGCGACAGCGGAUACUGGUGCUCCAACGAAGACACCCAGGAGUGCAGAUUGAUCGGAGGAUCCUCGUCACCCGGCAUCGCUCCGCUUCCUCCGGCGACCGGCACACCUACAGGAACGGUACCCUUCAAGACUCCCAUCCCGACCGGCAGCGGGACUGCGAUUCCACAGCAAGGCGGCGGAGGCCUCAGCGGCGGAGCGAUUGCCGGUAUCGUCAUCGGCGUCAUUGCCGGUGUCCUCUUGCUGCUCUUCCUCUGCCUGUUCUGCUGCGCAAAGGCUCUCUUCGACAGCAUCAUGGCCAUCUUCGGGUUCGGAAAGAAACGGAGGCAUACUCACGAAGAGACCUACAUUGAAGAGCGUCAUCGCCAUAGCCACAGCGGCUCCGCUGCCGGCGGACGUCGCUGGUACGGGCAGGCUGCGCGUCCAGCUCGCCCGCCGCCGAAGAAGGGCGGAGGGUUUGGCAAUGCCCUGGGCAUCGGUGCCGCACUUGGUGGUCUUGCCUUGGCCUUGGGCUUGAAACGCAGACACGACCGCAAGCACGACGACAAGAGCACUACGAUUUCCGGAUCGUCCGCAUAUUACAGCGACUACACAAGUACGAACGAUGGAAUGAACGGCACAGGACUGUUAAAUACAACGAAGUCGGACUUUGAAGAGAAGUUCAAUGAAUCGUAUCGUUUUCCUCAUGUCUGUAUGAAUUGA